AGCUCCAUUUCCACCUCAUUUUCCAAUUUGGGAUCCAGAAACCGCAUACCUCUCUUCUUCCUACCGUUCUCGAUGGCGCAUGCGCUCGUGUCGACACUCACCGUGGUCGUUGCCUUAUUCGGCAGCGCCCUUCUAACGCUCACCGUCGAUGCUCAUCAACUGAUUCUGGAGCCCGAGCCUAUCUGGAAGCCCGGUAUUAAUGACCGAGACACCAGGUGGAGACCCCUUGCCUUCCUGGAGUCCCAGGGCUUCCCGUGUCAGGCAGACUUCAAUGGCUGGCGUGCUCAAAGUGGCUACAAGAAUUUGCGCGACUUCAUGGAUCGAGCUAAAUACACGACCUCGGUCACGCCAGGCGCUGAUCAAACCUGUGGCUUAACCGAGCUGAAAGGCCCACCGCGACCCAUUCCGAAGGAUGGCAUGAUGAAGUCAACGGGCUACACGCAUGACGGUCCGUGCGCUGUUUACCUCGAUGACGAGCUAGUUCUGGAGUACGACAACUGUCACGAGAAGCUCCCUGGCAAGUCAUACAAGAUUGACUACUCGUCCUGCGAAAAGAAAGGUGGCUGUACGCUUUAUUGGUUCUGGUUGGGAAUCCGCUUUGUAAAGAGCCGCUGGUCCUGGCAAGUUUACAAGGAGUGCGUCCCGCUAACGGCUGGAGACAGUGGCAACGGAGGCAACGGCGACCAUGGCGGUAACGGCAAUAAAGGUGGCAACGGCGGCAAUGGCGAUCAUGGUGGCAACGGUAAUCAAGAUGGCAAUGGUGGCCAUGGUGGCUGGCCAGGACAGCACCAAGAACGAAAGGACCACAUGCAGCUGCGGAUGUAGCCGCUCAACAAGCAUGAGUCUCUCAACUUUUGGUGCCAGUGCUGACGUUCUUGCUUUACAUCAGGUCAUGAAACUCAACCCAGAUCAUAAUGAAUGUUUGCGUUUUAUUCACGAAA